CCAAUAUCUCUAGAUUUGAGAAUUUGAGCACGAGAGAUAACGGGACUCCUGAGCGUUGGUUUCGCAACUGAUAAGUUCAGCGUGCGUGCGCGCAUUUGCAAACAAACACCGCUGCCGCUGGCAUGGAAGAAACUAGUUUCCGUUGCGUUUUCCUCUUGGGUGCAAGGUCUACUGCUGCGGCAAGGAAAAUGAGCACGCUAUCUUAGAUGAUCGGAUCAGACAAGAACCCGUGUUUGUUGGCCGCGCAACGAGCGGAGAGAGGUGCACGUAACCGCGGUGUCGUCGCUGGUAUGCCGUGGGGGUUUGUUGCCCGCGGGUAGCAUUUUUCCCCGAGGAGGAAAUGCCCAGGUGAGCGGCUGCUGCUGCUGCAACCCAGGUGGUUGCCGGCGGCGGUCGCCGUUGCUUAACCGAGGCACCGCCGCGGCGUCCAGCCGAUCCCCAUGGAGGCGCUGAGUUUGCUGCACUGGGUCUCGGACAUCGACUACUUCAACUGGCUCGUCUGGCUCUUCACACCUGUAGCAGUGGCCUUCUUGCUCCCGACGCUCGUCAUCUUGCUGCUGUACAUUUCCAUACUCUUCCUGCACAUCUACCGCUACCGACGUCCUCUGCGAGACGCAUACGCCCGCCACUUUUGGGACGGCGCGCGGUACACCCUGGCGCUCCUGUGGUCGGGCCACGGCCGCGUCUGGCACGGUUAUGAGGUCCAAGGAAUGGAGAACAUCCCAGACACUGGUGGAGCACUGAUCGUCUACUACCAUGGCGCAUUGCCCCUCGACUAUUACUACCUUCUGGCCAGCUGCCUGUUACACAAGCGUCGCCUCAUCAGGGCUGUUGGCGACCGCUUCUUGUUCAUGGUGCCAGGGUUCAAGAUCUUGACCGAGGUGUUCAAAGUGAGCCCAGGCACCGUGCAGAGUUGUGCCCAGGUUAUGCGAGAUGGCAACCUGCUUGCCAUUGCCCCCGGUGGUGUGCUCGAGGCACAGUUUGGAGACGAGCGGUACCGCCUGCUCUGGAAGAAACGGCUGGGAUUCGCCAAGGCGGCCAUUGAGGCUCAAGUGCCCAUCGUGCCCGUCUUCACAGAGAACAUCCGUGAAGCUUUCCGGACAGUUGCCUUUGGCCGCGGUCUGUUCAAGAGGCUGUAUGACAAGACAAGGCUUCCCAUUGUACCAAUAUACGGAGGGUUCCCCGUCAAAUUGAGGACCAUCAUUGGGCCUCCCAUUCCAUUUGACCCGAACGUGUCUCCCCAGGAGCUCGCCCACAAGGCAGCCAGUGCCGUGGAGGCCCUCAUACAGCAGCACCAGGAGAUACCAGGCAGCAUAGUGCGGGCCCUGGCACAGCGCUUCAACAGGACCUGAGGGCACACAUAAUGCAUGUGGCGGCAGCAGCCAGAGACAGUCCAGAGCUACCGCGGCGUGGGCUUUCGUCGAAUGGCCUUGCGAAUGCGACGCUGCUGCGUAGUGCCGCUGCUGCCACUGGUGGCGUUGAACGGGUUCUCGGAAUCCGGCCUGCAUGGGCCAGGGACCAACCAACACACAACAUCGUCAACGAAGAUACACUCCAGUUUUAGGGAGGCAGCGCUAAUGCUGCCUGAUAGGAAGAUGCGGCAAGUGGGUCGGGCCUGCUGCUCUCCCUAGUCUGCAUGCCAAGCUCGGGCAAUGAGUGCAAGCCCUACGAACAAUGCGGAAAGCUCUAAAGAGGUACAUCGAAAGCACUAUCUUCUUAAGUUUUCCUAGGCAAUGUAUUGUACACUCUGAGAAAAGCAGUUCUGAUAGCCAGCGAGCACAGUCCACUCAUGAAUGUGGAGCAUUCAAUAAAACAUCCAGCUCGCAUUCAGUGAUUUUCUGUCUGCUACACUGUCUGCUACGUAACUUAGUGUGCCGAGUGAGUCUGACGUGUGGUAAGGGUAGCACUGUACAAUGCCACAGUGUCCAGGGCAUCCAAGUAAGGCAGAAGUUCAGGAGAAGAUGAAAGCUUGAAGAGAUGAAAAAUUCUUGAACACGGGGUGUCGCUGGAGCCAACAUUUCGACAAGUGGUCUUUUCAACAGGCAGCCUUGAAGAAGACAAGACCACCUGCUGAAAUGUUGGCUCCAGCAACACCUAGUGUUCAAAAAUUUUUCAGUGUCUAGGUAGUCACGGAACCUCCUGCCAUACUUGUUCCCACGUAUAAACCUGUGAUAGCUCAUGUAAUGAAAAUAAAGGUUCACACAGUUUGUGGAG